CUAAACUACAAUGUGUGUUGUACUGUAAAAUACCCAUGUUAUAAUUAUAGCGAUAUAAAUUAACACAAGUUUAUAAUAAUAACAAAAUAACACAAAUUGUUUGCAUAAAUUUAUUUUCAAUGUCUGACAACUCAUCUCAAACUCAAACGCACCGGUAUUUCGCUGUAAUAAUAUCUCUUGAGAUGAGAUAAUCCCGUCAUCUCUUGUGAUACCAUUCCUCCUGAGGGGACGAACAGACAGACACUUCCACUGACACAUCACAUCCACCCCAUAGACACAGCACUGACCAAUCAUCAUGACUGUCAGCACACAAGAGAAUGGUCACGACAACACUCAAGACAUGAACAAAUUGAUCGAUUGUCUCAUCAAUUAUGCCAAAGAGUAUCACAUUAAACGCUUGGAUCCGUUUUACAUGAGAGAGAAA